CAUGUCAGGAUCGAGUUUUGUAGAGCGGUUCUUUCAUUCUCUACAAGCUCGAGUCAUUAUCUUUUAGUCUUCCAUUAAAUAAUAGAUAAUGAGGCUCACGGCGGGUUUGUGCCCUGCGUUAACAGAUGAAGUUAUGACUAAGUUGAAAAAUGCAGGGAUAAAGACUAUCAUUGAUUUUAUGUUGAGAGAUUCUGAGACGCUCGCUCGAGAAACGUCCGUCAGCUACAAGGAUCUGCAAAGCAUUAGGAGAAUUAUUCAUGCUCACCAUGCAGCCUUUGCAGUAUCAGGGACAGACGUACUUGACGAAGCUGUGAGAUCGUCUGUAGUUAUAUCAACAGGCAUUACCAGUCUAAACAGUCUGCUUGGAGGUGGACUUAUGACAGGGGAAGUGGUGGAAAUAUGUGGUGGAUGGGGUGAGGGGAAGACCUCCUUGUGUGUGCAGCUGGCUCUCCAUGCAGCUCUAAGACAGGGGAUGCACACCCUCUUCAUUGAUCCGAGUGCAAGCGUCUCACCCUCUAAAUUGGCUCCUUUUAUCGAGGCUUUGUCAGAGGAAGAGGAAGUUAUGGAGAAAGCCCUCUCCCGCAUCAAAGUAACAUCUCCAGCAGACAUCUGGGGCUUGUUCCGUGCUUUAGAGAAGACCUACCAUCCUUGCAUAACAUUGGAUGGUAGUGCCGGAAGUAGUAGUGGUAGUAACAGCCAAAGUGCAGGAAAACUUAAGCUGGUGAUAGUGGACUCUCUCUCGAACUUGGUCAUGCCUCUUCUGGAUGGAACGCGGAAGGAAGGAUUGGGGAUACUUAGUCAACUAGCUAUCACACUGAAGGCUUUGGCAUCAGAACAACAGAUAGCAGUUGUGGUUGUAAAUAAUGUGGUACAAAUUCAUAAUGGUAGUUCUGUUCAUAGAUCUGACAGUCACCCAAAAUGGAAACCAGCUUUAGGGAGGUACUGGGAGCAUGUGCCACACACAAGACUGUUUGUAGAACAAGCUGAGUUGCCCGGGCAUAACAGGAGCCUGAAUUUAUCCACAUCGGAGCCCUGCGAGAACCAGAGUUCCCCCGGUCUCUCACUCUCCUUGAAGGUUUCAGUCUGGAAGAGCACAAGACUGAAGAUGGACAGUUCAAUGGUUUCUUUAUUUGCAUAAAGGGAGAUUUUUUUUUUUUUUUGGAUUAAUGAGCAUGUUGUUUCUAUAUCUGAUAUGAUAUUUUGUAUGUUGAACACAGAGUUUUGUAAUUUGGUAUAUGUGCAAAUUUGAAGCAGAUGUAAAUGAAAUUCAGGAUGAAUUUGUUUUUACAGUUAUUAUUUUUACAUGAAAAUUGAAGCUGAUAUAUAUUUUUUAAUAUAAGGAAA